AUGUUACCUAAGAUGAAGUUUGAUUGGGUUUUGCUAUUUUGGUUCCUCAGAGAAGUAGUAGCUCAAGACAAUAAUUGUAACUAUUAUCAAAACGUAGCCCCAACAAGGACUGCUAACAUAUUGAGUCCAAAUUAUCCUAGCAACUACCGUCCUGGAAUUAUGUGUCGGUGGAUCGUCGACUGUCCUACAGGAUAUAACUGUCGUCUGGAUUGUCCUGAAAUUUCUUUACCCCCGUCCACCAGCUGUAUGCUGGAUAGGCUGUUGGUGUCAAAGAGCGGAGAUUCACAGCUAGCAGCAGCAGAUACAUACUGUGGCAAAAGGACACUUUCCGUUGUGUCUACACGCCAGAGGAUAGUUUUAGGUCUCAUUACAACUGCAAACUCGAAUGGAGGCAGAUUCAUGUGUCAAGUGUCAGCACAGCCAGUCAACCUGACCACGAAUUGCAGCUGUGGACUGAGAAGACGGAACCGCAUUGUUGGUGGCAAAGAAACCGGCAUUAACGAAUACCCAAUGAUGGUCGGUAUUGUAGACGCAAGGAUCAUUCAAAUCAAGUGUGGUGCAACCAUCAUAUCGCGUCGGUAUGUGCUGACCGCUGCACACUGUCUGACCGGUCUUAUCCCAGAGCAGACUGCAAUUCUCGUUGGGGAGCACAAUGUAUCUAGCAAUGAUUCACCAGCAACGAAAGGCUACAGAGUUGCCAGUUUUAUCCCACAUUCUCAAUACUCUGAUUCUAAUUACGACUACGACAUAGCGCUAAUAAGAGCAAGAGAAGCAAUUGAGUUCAGUGAUCGUGUCGGACCUGUUUGUCUACCCUUCAAAUUCGAAAACGAUGAUUUCUACGGCAAAAAAGUCACGGUUCUAGGUUGGGGUACAAUCUUCGUUGGUGGUCCAGUCUCAUCAGUAUUGCUUGAGGCGGAUCUGGAUGUGAUAAGUCAGACAGAGUGCAAGUAUAAAGAACCGUCAGUCACAAAUCGACAAAUAUGCACAUUCACACGAGGGAAAGAUGCGUGCCAGGAUGAUUCUGGCGGUCCUCUUUUGUAUACGGAUCCACAGACUGCUCUACUCUUUGUAGUGGGUAUUGUGAGUAGUGGGCGCUCCUGUGCGACUGGCGAUUUCCCCGGUAUAAAUACCAGAGUGACUGCCUUCCUUAAUUGGAUCGUCACCACAACACAAGAUAACUUCUGCCCUAAAUAA